UUGAUUAUCUAAUCAAAUUAACAUUUUAUUUCUAUCCAGUUUUGGACGAUAUCUUACUUAGUACUCUACCGACAUACCCCCCCAAGCCCACCAUAUCGAAUCCACGUCGUGCUAUCUUUUCUGCAGGUCAGCAUUUGUCAGUCGGUUGUUGCGCAUCUUCGAGCAUAUAAGACGUCACCUCAGUCAGCCCCACCAACAUACCUACGUACAUAUAUAAUUUUACUCCCCUCCUCCCCUCCGCCCCCCCCUCCACGACCACCACACUCCAUGCAAGCCUUCUACCGCACAUCUACCGUCGCGGCAUCACGAGCAGCAGCACCCACGAGACUAGCAUCGAUACGGAGGCACCUCUCUUCAACAGCCUGUACCAUGGCUCCCAUCACCAAGGAAACUGAUUUCCUCGUCAUUGGCGGCGGCAGCGGCGGCCUGGCCUCGGCUCGCAAGGCCAGCGGACAGUUCGGCACGAAGGCCCUCAUCGUCGAGGGCUCACGGCUGGGAGGAACAUGCGUGAACGUGGGCUGCGUCCCGAAAAAGGUUACCUUCAACGCCGCCGCCAUCGCUGAGACCAUCCACCAGGCAAAGUCCUACGGCUUCUCCGUCACCGAGACGGCCCCCUUUGACUGGCCCACCUUCAAGACGAAGCGCGACGCCUACAUCAAGCGCCUCAACGGCAUCUACGAGCGCAACCUCAACAAUGACAAGGUCGAGUACCUCCACGGCUGGGCUAAGCUCACCUCGCGCAACGAGGCCGAGGUCACCCUUGACGACGGCACCAAGGCCCUCGUGAAGGCCAAGAAGAUCCUCAUCGCUGUCGGCGGCAACCCCACCAUCCCGCCCACCAUUCCCGGUGCUGAGCUCGGCAUCAACUCGGACGGCUUCUUCGACAUUGACAAGCAGCCCAAGAAGGUUGCCCUCGUCGGCGCCGGCUACAUUGCCGUUGAGUUCGCCGGCAUGUUCAAUGCACUUGGCUCAGAGACCCACCUCUUCAUCCGCCACGACACCUUCCUGCGCACGUUUGACCCCCUCAUCCAGGAGACCGUCACGAAGGAGUACGAGCGUCUGGGCGUCAACCUGCACAAGCGUUCGCAGCCCACAAAGGUCGAGAAGGAUGCCGAGGGCAAGCUUACCAUCUUCUACAAGGACGCCGAGGGCAAGGAGACGUCUGAGGGCGGCUUCGACCACCUCAUCUGGGCCAUUGGCCGCACGCCGGCGACAAAGGACAUCGGCCUCGAGGAUAUUGGCCUCAAGCUCAACGAGAAGGGCCACAUCCCCGUCGACCAGUACCAGAACACCAACCUCGAAAAUAUUUACGCCCUUGGUGACGUCACCGGCCAGGUCGAGUUGACUCCCGUUGCCAUCGCCGCCGGCCGCCGCUUGGCUGAGCGUCUGUUUGGCGGCCCCGAGUUCUCCAAGGCCCACCUCGACUACUCCAACAUUCCAUCCGUCGUCUUUUCCCACCCCGAGGUCGGCAGCAUCGGCCUUACGGAGCCUCAGGCCAUCGAGAAGUACGGCAAGGACAACAUUAAGGUCUACAAGACCAGCUUCACCGCCAUGUACUACGCUAUGAUGGAGCCUGAAGAAAAGGGUCCCACCGCCUACAAGCUCGUCGUGGCCGGCCCCGAAGAAAAGGUCGUCGGUCUUCACAUUGCCGGUCUUGGCAGCGGAGAGAUGCUCCAGGGCUUCGGUGUUGCAGUCAAGAUGGGCGCAACGAAGAAAGACUUCGAUAGCUGUGUUGCGAUCCACCCGACUAGCGCCGAGGAGCUUGUGACUUUGAAAUAGACUUGCAUGGAGAUUUUGCGAAGCUUAGAAGAGGAGGAAGAGAUACCAAUUCGUAAAAUUCCAGGUUUUAAUGCCACACCACGUCCCUGACGCCUUUGCUCAUUGUGAACAGUUAUACCAGUCCCUGGUUCUUUUUCCUCGACGCCAGUCCGUUCUCCGAGUUCCCUUGUCGCCUAGCUCCAAAACAAUUCAGGAAUGCGUGAGGGGCAAUGGCACCCGCAGCGCUAGGCUUCGAUUCCUGAGGCUUGUCUCCGCUGGGACGCGGCAUUAGCAUGGGUUAUCCACGUUAGAGAUGACACCACAGUAGGAUACUUACGUGCUGGUUGGUAUUGAUGGCGUCGGAGUCGCGUCGGGCUCGGAGCUACCAGAAGGCUCCGGAGUCGAAGUCGGAGCGUUGACUGUAGCCGAGGUCAAUGGCAGAUCGUCAACCUUGAAGCCAAUCUCGGCGCAGGUAGAUGCGUAUGCGUCGUAUGCGGGCUUGAGGUCGUUGCCAUUGCAGACGCUGAUCAGAUUGCCGACCAUGGCGGCCAUGUGAUCAUCGCAAAGGUUCUCUACACCGGCCGGGCUGGGUUGCUGGCCCAAGGCGGCAAGAAGGCAGGCUGGAGGGGCUGCCGCGGCAAGGUUAACGAAGCCAGCAAUGGCAGAGAUGAUGACGGCGGACUUCAUCUUGCAAACGCAAAAAAGAACAGGUGUUAUGUCUGAUGUAGGUAGGUAUUGUAAGAGCUUGAGGUAUUCGAAGGGUAGUGCUGGAAGAAGGGCUAACACACGAGUCGACCGGCGUAUGAAUGAAUGUACAGGGCAGGAAAUCAAGAGGACUGUUGAGAAGAGUAGACAGGGGCUGCUGUACUAGGAGGAAUACAAUUCGUUCCGUUUCUCGGUCGAUGUUGGGAAACCCGAAGGCAAAACGAAGUAAAAUCAGGUGAAGAGGUCCGGAGGUUAACGAUGCAGUGAUGCGCAGGCUAGGGACGAGUUUGCUGUGUAAGUGUUUGUCGCACUCAACUCUCCCUCUUUCUGGCAAGAGGCAGAACCAACGGAAUCCCUGUGACCUGGUGGGGUGGAGAAGGUGAUCAUCG